UUCCAGCGAAUAGAGCCAGGGGGAGCCCCGGGCCGGUCGGCCGGGUGGGGGAGGGAGGGAUCGCACCGCCUCCAGCGGGCAGAGCCAGGGGGAACCCCAGGCCAGCUGUGGGGCCAGCACCCACCCACUCUUCUCGCCCAGCUUACGUGUAGACCCCGGCAAAGCCCGAUCCCCAGCGCGCCCCCAUGGCCGCCACCAAGGCCGAGAUGCAGCUCCUGCCCUCGCUGCAGAUGGCCGAUCCCUUCGGCUCUUUCCCGCACUCGCCUCCCACCAUGGACUCCAACUACCCCAAGCUGGAGGAGAUCAUGAUGCUCGCCGGUGGGGGGCCGCAGUUCCUCAGCCCCACUGGCGGCCCCGAAAGCAGCGGCGCCGGCUUCAACCCCUCCGGCGAAGGCGGAGAGCAGCCCUUCGAGCACCUCGCUGCAGACACCUUCCCCGAGAUCUCCCUGAACGGCGACAAGUCCUUGGUGGAGGCCAGCUACCCGAGUCAGACCACCCGCCUGCCGCCCAUCACCUACACCGGCCGCUUCUCCCUGGAGCCGGCGUCGAGCUGUGGGGGCAGCAACCCGCUCUGGCCCGAGCCCCUUUUCAGCCUGGUGAGCGGCCUGGUGGGCAUGGCCAACUCGCCGGCCACGUCCGCUCCGUCGUCGUCCGCCUCGCCACCCAUCUCGUCGUCCGCCUCGCCGAGCCCGGCGCUGAGCUGCUCGGUGCAAGCCAGCGACACCAGCCCUAUCUACUCGGCGGCACCCACUUUUCCCAACCCGGGCAGCGCCGACAUCUUCCCGGAGCCGUCCAACCAGCCCUUCCCCAGCCCGUCUGGGGCCUCGCUGCAGUUCCCCCCGCCGGCUUACCCGACCAGCAAGAGCAACUUCCAGCUGCCCAUCAUCCCGGACUAUUUGUUCCCGCAGCAGCCGCCGCACAGCGAGAUGGGCCUGGGCUCGGCGGACCAGAAGCCUUUCCCGAGCCCGCAGCCCUCGCUCACGCCCCUCUCCACCAUCAAAGCCUUCGCCACGCAGAACGGCGGCGGCGCCUCUCAGCCUGAGCCCAAGAGCGUCGGCGUCGGGGCGUACCAGGCGCAGCUGGUCAAGCCGAGCCGCAUGCGGAAAUACCCCAACCGGCCCAGCAAGACCCCGCCGCACGAGCGCCCUUACGCCUGCCCCGUCGAGUCCUGCGAUCGCCGCUUCUCGCGCUCCGACGAGCUCACGCGCCACAUCCGCAUCCACACCGGCCAGAAGCCCUUCCAGUGCCGCAUCUGCAUGCGCAACUUCAGCCGGAGCGACCACCUCACCACGCACAUCCGCACCCACACCGGCGAGAAGCCUUUCGCCUGCGACAUCUGCGGCCGCAAGUUCGCCCGCAGCGACGAGAGGAAGCGCCAUACCAAGAUCCACCUGCGGCAGAAGGACAAGAAGGCCGACAAGGGCCCUCCCGCGCCGCCGCCCGCCGCCGCCUCCCCGAUGACCCCCUACUCGGCCUCGCCAGGGACUACCUCCUACCCUUCUCCCUCUGCCUCCACUUUUCCCUCGCCAGUGCCUGCUUCCUUCUCUCCCCCCGUGACAUCAUACUCUUCCCCCGUGACGUCACCCUUCCCCUCCUUCCCUUCGCCUGCGGUGGCCACCAGCUACGCUUCCAUCGCGUCCUCUACCUUCCAGAGCCAGGCGGCGGCCACCCCUUUCCCCUCGCCCGGGGGCAUCUCCAGCCCCUUCAGCUCCCAAGUGACUUCAGCACUCUCCGACAUGGUCUCCUCUUUCUCGCCGAGAACAAUUGAGAUCUGUUGAGGGGAGAAAGGUGCGGGGGGGCACACAACAACAAAAACAGGCGCUCACGCCUUCCCGGGGGAAGGUGGGGUGCUGAUGACUGAUCUUCCCAACGGUACUUGGUCCAGCAGGCCUCGGCUUGGGGGUUGCGGGAGAGUUGACCCUCGCCGGCUAAGCCGACCCUCACCCCGCUUCCCCACAGCCAUCGGGGGCCGCUCGGGCUUUUCUUUCAACUUCAACUGCCUGAAAACACGCCAGCUCCAGAACAUCAGAGUUCCUCCACUUCUGUUCUGCAUGGACGAUAGAGAUCUCUUUCUCUCCUGAUAUUUCCCCGCCCGCCACCCCCCAAGACGCGAUUCAUGAGGGAGCCAGGGAUUUUGGAAAUCCAUGCAUAGACAAUGUAAUAUUGUAUUAUGUGCCGCGGCUUUGCUUUCCUUCUGGGUUCUUGACGUGAAAACCUCUUUUGCAUAUUCAUAUUGCGUUAUGGGGAGCACAAAGGGCCAUCUCUUUUUUUGUAAAUGGUAAUUUUUGCUCUUUUAGUGAUGACGAGGCUGUGCUCGGUUUUACAAAUUGUUUUUGGGGGGAGGGGGCUGGAGAAGAAAAAAAAGCAGCACUUAACUAUGUAUUUGAGCAUGUCAAAAGAGUGUGAUGUUCUUUGUAAAUAUCACCUUGAGGAUGAAACGCUCUCACGUGGCAAAGUUUUCGUUUGGUUUGGUUUGGGUUUUUUUUAAUUAAGUCCCAAGUCUCGGUGCCUUGUUGUGAAGCCCUGCUGACGUCACGCAUGUGUGCGAUUGGAUGCUUUGCAUCUGGCCUUAAGGUGAAAGGGAAAGUGUGGAAACGGGGAGCGAGGCUCAAAAAGGAAAAAGCAAAGAAGGGAAGGAAGCGGAAGAAGGAAUGUAAGCAAAAAAAGAGAGAAAUACCCCCGAACUUCUCAAAAAGUCUAUUUUUGUUACAGAAGUGUAAAAAUUUAUAAAUAUAUUCAGCAGUUGGAAUGUUGUAGUUACCUACUGAGUAGGCGGCAAUUUUUUGUAUGUUAUGAACAUGCGGUUCAUUAUUUUUGUGGUUUUAUUUUUGACUUUGUACUUGUGUUUGUUUAAACAAAAGUGACUGUUUGGCUUAUAAACACAUUGAAUGCGCUUUACUGCCAAUGGGAUAUUUGGUGUACAAUACCCUCUGGAAAAGUCAAUAAAAAUAUUGAGAGACCAGCA